AUUUACUGUAUUCAUAUUUCGGGACGAAGAUGGAGAGACGGAAGAGGGAGGGAACCAACACAAUGUUCGAAGAGUCCGAUAGUAUUGGUGGUAAGUCCCAGUUCGGGGACAUGAAGGAUUCGGACCCCAGCAUGGCCGUCACUGCUCCUAUGACUGCAUCAGACGAUUCGUUGCUUGCUUACAGCAAUACAUCGUCUAAUUGUCCUCCCUUUAUCGAAUCCAACCGAUUGAGUUGCGAUUCUUCGCCCUUAACCAUGUCACCAUGGAACCACACCGCACCUACUGACAAACCUUCAUGGGACCCUUUCGAUGGCAAUGGUCAGGUUCCGGCUAAUAGUCUCAUUGGCUCUCUUAUGCGUGAAGAGGGACAUAUAUAUUCCUUGGCAGCCAGGGAUGAGCUCCUUUACACCGGCUCCGAUAGCAAGAACAUUCGAGUGUGGAAGAAUCUUAAGGAAUUCUCCGGCUUCAAAUCCAACAGUGGAUUGGUUAAGGCCAUUGUGAUCUCAGGUGAAAAGAUUUUCACUGGCCAUCAAGAUGGGAAGAUUCGUGUUUGGAAGGUCUCGAUUAAGAACCCUUCCAUUCAUAAACGAGCUGGAACAUUGCCAACGCUGAAAGAUAUCCUCAAAAGUUCUUUUAAACCGAGCAAUUACAUCGAAGUGAGAAGCAAACGAGCGCUAUGGAUAAAACACUCGGACGCAGUGUCCUGUUUGAGCUUGAACGAGGAACAAGGAUUUCUUUAUUCGGCCUCAUGGGACCGAACCUUUAAGGUUUGGAGAAUUUCAGAUUCUAAAUGCCUCGAAUCGGUUAAUGCACACAAUGACGCCGUUAACUCGGUAAUUGCUAGCUCGGGUGAAAUGCUUUUCACCGGUUCGGCGGACGGGACGGUUAAAUUGUGGAAAAGGGAACUGCUUCGGAAAGGAACGAAGCAUACCCUGGCUCAAACGAUUAUACAACAAGAAUGUGCGGUAACAGCAUUAGCAAUCAUCACCUCUGCAAGUCCAGCAUUGUACUGUGGCUCCAGCGAUGGCGUGAUCACGUACCGGGAUAAUAUGAAGGAAUUCUCCCAGGGAGGGGAACUUAAAGGGCACAAGCUGGCGGUUCUAUGUCUUGAAGCAGCCGGAAACUUGUUGAUUAGUGGUUCAGCCGAUAAGACUAUAUGUAUUUGGCGUAGGGAUGGUAAGGUACACACAAGCCUUGCGGUGCUAACAGGGCAUACAGGGCCAGUGAAGUGCUUAGCAGUGGAAAAGGAUCACGAAUCGAAAAAGGAGGAGCGAUGGAUCGUGUACAGCGGGAGCCUCGAUAAGUCAGUGAAGGUAUGGAGAGUUUCGGAGUAUCCGCAGGUGAUGCCGAUGCAGGCUAAACAUCAGCACCAGGGGAAUUAUGAAUCAGAGUCAUUCCAACAGGAUGCGAGGACUAAGUCCACCAGCAUAUACAGCAGGAGUGAGACGUACUGACAU